AUGGCUAGCGACGAAGACAUUGUUCAGUUCGUCAUAGUUUCCCCUUUCCCAACUGUGGUUCCAAAAUCGGUUUUGAAUGGUCAUCUCUUAUAUGAAAAUGAAGCAGUUUUUACCGUGACACCAUCAGUUUCUGGCGGUCGAUUCAAUCUCCGCUGUACCAAGAUUCGUGAGGAAAGGAGUACACCCCCAUUUACUGAAGACGCUUUGAAGAGGAAGCAAAAGGCAGCACACACACCAGACUCAUCUUCUUUUGCUGAAAACGAUGUGGAGAUGGACAAUGGGGGGUUCGUUGAGGAUGCGCAAGAACUGAAGUUGUGGCCAAAUAGGAUUGAGUUGGCCUUCAUCCAACUGAUGGUCGAGGAGGUGAAGCAAGACCCCUCAUUAACCAAAAAAAACUCUUUUACCACAAGGCAUUGGACUCGAAUUGACGACGAGCUGUACAGUCAGUUCAGAGUUAGGUACACAGUUAACCGAUUAAAACAAAAGUACCACCGCAUCAGGCAAGCGUACAAUACAUUUGUGAAAUUGAAAAACCAUACGGGGUUCGGUUGGGAUAAGCAGAGGAAAACGGUCAUGGCCCUGAAUGAUGUCUGGGAUCACUUUCUCAAGGCACAUCCCAGAGCAAAAGUGUUCAGGAAAAAGGAUCUAGACCACAUAGACUUGUUAGACGUCCUCUUUGCCAACUCCCAAGCCACUGGCGCACUUGCCCGUGCUUCAACCCAAGGACCCCCAACCUCUGAUGAAGAAAGGGAUAUCCAAAGUGCAUUCUUUGGUGUUGGAAUCAACUCAAAUACCGAUUACAUCCCUAUUGAUAACGACAUGGACGGAGAUGAUGACCCGAAGGUAGGUGGGAGUAGUGGCAACGAUGGUGGGCGAAAGGGUGCACACUUUGAUUUCGCACUUGAUACAUGGACUGCCACAAACCUCGCCAAAAAAGAAUUUUUUGCUCGCCAAAACAAAAUGGCUGAAGCAAGCCAGGCUGAGAAAAAACAAAACUCCAUUGCAGCAUGUAUCCAAUGUUUGGCAACAACGGACGAAAUCACUCCUGACCAAUACGUGAAGGCGUGUGAGAGUUUCCGCAAUAAAGCAACGAGGAAAAUGUUCAUGUUGAUGCUACCCAACAUGCAACUGCAUUGGGUUCGUAAGCUUGCUUAG